AUGAGCCCCGAAAGCAGUAUGUUUGCAUCCAACAUCCCCAUAGACCCGGAGAAUGCUUGGGAGACACCCGAGCCACUGCAGCAUCGGUGGGAUACGGUGUACAAGGAAGUGACUCUGGAGCAGCAGGCGUUCCCCUUGGAGCCGGCUCUUCGUAAGAAUGUGGGCUCGUAG